AUGGAGAUCAAGAAGAUCCCGGCCUGCUGCGGCGGCGCGGCCGGUCGAGGCCGGGCUCGGCCCGGCCCGCGACGGCUGGCCGCCGACGAGCGCGCUCGCGCUGCUCGUCAAGAUGGCGGCGGUGGCGAUUGCGGCGACGGUCGUUCAGUCGUACAGCGCUCAGGCGUCUGUCUUCUGUCGUCUGUUGUCGCAUUUCGCACACGCGCGCGCCGCGCGACCCGCGUCGCUCCGCGAGGGCAUGAGCCUUCCGCGAUUCGAUCCCGCAGCCAAAAGCUGCUCGCUCGAACCCCGCGGCCGACUCUACCAUCGCGGCCGCAGCUGUUGAGCUCUCCAGAAGACUGGUGCCUCAUAUGCUGCCUCCCUGCGGAUGCUGCCGGCGAGCCUGGCGGUCCGCUGUACUACAAGGAAGUGUUGACUCGAUUCUACCUCGAAUUCUUCUACCCCCACGACUCGGAACGCGAAUGCAUUCGUGGCAUCUUAUGGGUCCCCCACUUUGAGGGCGCCAUGAAGUACAGCGACGGCGGCGCUGGCGGCGGCGACGGGGGCGACGGCGGCGACGGCGGACCAGUCGCCACCUCGCUGGCCUCUCCGCAGGCCCCCCCACCGCGUCGAACUCAUCGGCGCGGGCUCUCUCCGGCUACGGGACCGGCCCCAGCUUCGGCUGAGGGCUGACAAGCUGCCGAGCCCAAAUCACUGUGAGAG